CUUGUCACAGCAUCCAGAACUGCACUUCUGACAGACUCACAGGCUUUUUUUUUUGAGAGAAGAACAAGCUAGAAAUCAUGAUGGAAUAUAACUGCAGUGCAGAGAUGAACGACACAGACAAAGCACUCAGUUAUUUUGAACGUGUUGCCUACCCACCUGUCUUCAUAGUGGGGCUUUUCUUCAACGUCACGGCUCUGUGUAUCUUCUGCCGCCUCAAGCGCUGGACAGACACGCACAUCUACAUGUUCAAUCUACUGGUGGCCGAUUUCCUAGCCAUUAUUUUUCUACCUUUCAGGAUACUGGAAGCCUUUUGCCAGAUUAAACCAGGUGUAUUGUGUACAUUCCUGCUGUGCACCCAAUACUCCAAAAUGUACAGCAGCAUCUUCACCAUUACAGCCAUCAGCUUUCACCGAUUCAUAGCCGUCAAGUUUCCGUUUCUGACCAAAGCACUGGCCUCCAGAAGUAAGAUGAUCGCCAUUUCAAAGUGCAUCUUCAUCUGGAUGAUAGUAGUGGUCAUCUGUGCUAGUAACUAUGGCGACCUUCUCCCAGACAAAUUACAGACCUGUUAUGACCUAAGAAUAACAGAAAAGCUUGGUACAAGAUUUGUCUAUCUUUUAGAGAUUUUAGGUUAUCUUAUUCCAGUGCUCAUCGUCAUACUUUGCUCCACACAAACCAUCUACAUCCUGAUCAGAUCCCUUAAGCAUGUCCAAGGCAGGGAUAAAAUGGAAAGGACAAACAUUGCCGCUAUCAUCACUGCGAACAUGUUCACAUUCAUAGUUUGCUUCACGCCCGUUCAUAUUGGUCUUUUGUUGCAAUAUAUAGCAUCAGAUGAUUCACAUGACUUUGUGCAUGUGUUUCUUGAUGUCUCUGAGUGGAUCGCUACUACCAACUGCUGUCUGGAUUCGAUCGGCUAUUACUUUCUGCUGAAAAGAGUAAAAGGGACACUUGUUCAUACUGAAUGUAAACAGUUAUCUAGAGUAAGUUGAUCUAGAUUAGAUUGAGGCAGAUCCCCGUCAUAUGUGACGAACACAGUAUAACAAAGUGUGGUCCACAUCUGACAACAUUGGUGUGAUCAUGGUUACAAGAUUUGAUGGAAAAACCAUAAUAAUUCUAUAAAGUACACUUUAAAAACUUUGUUGCAUGAAUAAGAUAAUCGCAAAAAGUAGCCUACCAUGGCAUGGCACUACAAGGGUACGUGUGUUCUUGUUUUGACUGUUACUUUCAGAAAAUAUAUAUUUAUUUUUGUCUGCAAUA